AUGGAGCUCUACUCAACAAACUCAAACGUCAAGAAGACAGAGCUCGUCGACGACAAGGGCUCCGUCGUAUACCGCAUCACUACAGCGUCGCAGCUCACGACGAGCCAGACGACGAUCUCACACGUCAAACCCCGGAGCGACACGGGCAUCAGUGUGGCCACGGUCGUCGGUGAGGUUGUGUGGCAUACAAUGGACGACGACGAGAUUAUGCUUCAUGGACAGCACUAUGACGCCCGGAACUUCGUUCCGAAUCAUGGAUUUACGAUAGCUAGACGCGAGUUCAAGGGCACGUCUGGUCGAGCGUAUUACUGGGUAGAGAACGUCCUUCACACGUCCGACGGUGCAGAAGCGGCUCGAUGGCACAACAAGUCGCGCGGGUUCUUCAAGGGCCAGCCGCACAAGGCGUAUCUUCACGUCGCAGACAGUGAGAUACAGGAGGACAUGGACGUUGUCAUCCUCACGUUAGUAUAUCAUCUCUCGAGAUCGGGCGACGAGGUCGCAGGCUCGAUGUCGAUCAUCCCGUUCUCGGAGACGGACGAUGCGUCGCCGGCGAGACGUCCUUCGCAUUGA